AUGGGUUCCGUCGGACAGGACAAGUACAUCCGCUGGGAUGCCAAGGGCGUCGAGUUCGAGCAGGAAGGCGAGCUCGACAAGAUCUGGGAGGUGUCGAAGCAGUUCAACCGCCUGCAGAUGAUGAACUUCAACGAGCACAUGCACUGUCUCCGAGGAACUCACCUGAAGACCCAAGGAUGUGUCAUUGGCAAGCUCAAAGUCCACGAGCACCUUCCUGCCCACCUCGCACAGGGCAUGUUCGCCAAGGGCGGCACAUACGACUGCAUCAUGCGAUACUCCUCGCUCACCCCAAAGAUCGUUCCGGACAACAUCCCAGCACCACGAGGUAUCGGUCUCAAGGUGUUUGGUGUCGAGGGCGAGAAGAUCUGGGGUGAGGAUAAGAAGACUCAGGACUUCACCUUCAACAACUACCCAAUCCUCGAGCUCCGAACUCCAGUGGCUACCUGUGAGAUUGCAGAUUCGCUUGAGCGCAACUGGAACACUUUGGAUAAGUUUGGAGAGGAGCUCAGCCAGCGUCCAGAUGCUGAGGUUGCGACUCUGCCAGCCAGACUUGACCGCCAGCACAUGGUGGCCAUGAGAGAGUGGUCGCAGUCCGCCUACCGCUACGGUGACUACGUCGCCAAAUUCGGCGUUUUCCCCAAGGGUGAAGCCCAGAAGAAGAUCGAGAAGGAAUUCCUCAAGGACGACGACCCAAUCAAUAUCCUCUCCCAACACACCCGCGCCUUCCACCAAAACCACAAAGUCACCUACUCCUUCUGCGUCCAGCUCCUCGAGAACCUCAACGACCAGCCCGUAGAGGACAUCGGCUUCGAAUGGGACGAGAAGAAGUACCCCUUCAUCGAAGUCGCCGAGCUCGAGUUCGAGCCACAAGAUUCGUGGCUGCCAGAGUUCCGCGUCUGGUGGGAUGACCGCAUUACUGUCAAUGGAUGGCACGGUCUGAAGGCACACCAGCCUCUUGGAAGCACUAACCGUAUGAGGAGGGUCGUGUAUGCUGAGAGCAGGAAGUUGAGGCUGAGGGUUAAUGCUCACAAGGACUAUAUUGAGCCGGAGAGUUUGGCGGAUGUGCCUGCGCCAAUUCCAGCGAUUCAGUUGCCGUAUAACCCGAAGUCGGGUCAGAAGGCUGUGACGUCGGUUGAGAUUGCGGUUUAG